CACGAGGCCUGACCGGAUUUCCGGUGGCUGCCAUUAUCCUAACUGCCAGACCGGUUCCCUUUGGGCGCCGCAUCUGCGUUCGGCCCCGGGUUCCCUGUGCAGUGCUCGCAGGAAACCUAGCGGAGUCGGAAGCUCAAUUUGUUGUCUCUCCAACCUGCGCACUCAGCAGAGUGUGUGCCUAUCUGCCUUUGUUCUUCACCAUGGCUUCUCACAAGACAUUCAGGAUCAAGCGAUUCCUGGCUAAGAAACAAAAGCAAAAUCGCCCCAUUCCACAAUGGAUCCAGAUGAAAACUGGCAAUAAAAUCAUGUACAACUCCAAGAGGAGACACUGGAGACGAACCAAACUGGGUCUAUAAGGAACCACAUAUUGUAUGCUGUUUGAAGGUCACCAUUAAACUUACUGUAUCAAGUUUAAAACA